GCUCCGCCCAGCUCCGUUCCGCUCCGCAGAGCCGGCGCGGCCAGGGCGCGGGGAGGGCGGCACUCAAUCCCGGCCUUCGCAGCCCCUCGCGCCCCCUCCGCCGGGGGACCCGGGUCCCCAGGCCGCUCCUCACAUCCCCGAGCGCGCGGAGGGCGGGAGAGGGAUCGGUACUGGCUGCGAAGGAGGGAGCCAGGAGCUAGCGGAGUCGCGUGCGCCGGCGCGCCGCCCUGGGGCCCCUCCAGCCCCGGACCCGGCCUGUCGCCAUCAGACUUGGGCGGCCCGUGGGAGAGACUUUGCACCCUUGAUCGGUCAGGGACCGCAGCUACUCGGCCGGAGUGCAGGGCCGAGUCAGUGCGACGGCCCACGCGGGACAGGUCCCUGGAUGAGAAAGAGCUGACAGCAGCUGAGUCCCACCUUCUCUGUGUGCUGGGGAGCAGGGCUGCACGGCCCCGGUGGCACCCAUGCCGAAGAACAGCAAGGUGACCCAACGUGAGCACAGCAAUGAACAUGUCACCGAGUCAGUGGCUGACCUGCUGGCCCUUGAGGAGCCUGUGGACUAUAAGCAGAGUGUACUGAAUGUGUCCGGUGAGGCAGGUGGCAAGCAGAAGGCAGCGGAGGAGGAGCUGGACGCAGAGGACCGACCAGCCUGGAAUAGCAAGCUGCAGUACAUCCUGGCCCAGAUCGGCUUCUCCGUGGGCCUCGGCAACAUCUGGAGAUUCCCCUACCUGUGCCAGAAAAAUGGAGGAGGUGCCUACCUGGUGCCCUACCUGGUGCUGCUGAUCAUUAUUGGCAUCCCCCUAUUCUUCCUGGAGCUGGCUGUGGGCCAAAGGAUCCGCCGCGGCAGCAUUGGUGUGUGGCACUACGUGUGUCCCCGCCUGGGGGGCAUUGGCUUUUCCAGCUGCAUUGUGUGCCUCUUUGUUGGGCUGUAUUAUAACGUGAUCAUCGGAUGGAGCAUCUUCUACUUCUUCAAGUCCUUCCAGUACCCACUGCCCUGGAGCGAAUGUCCUGUCAUCAGGAAUGGGACCAUGGCAGUGGUGGAGGCAGAAUGUGAGAAGAGCUCAGCCACCACCUACUUCUGGUACCGAGAGGCCUUGGAUAUCUCCAACUCCAUCUCUGAAAGCGGGGGCCUCAACUGGAAGAUGACGCUGUGCCUUCUCGUGGCCUGGAGCAUUGUGGGCAUGGCUGUGGUCAAGGGGAUCCAGUCCUCAGGGAAGGUGAUGUAUUUCAGCUCCCUCUUCCCCUACGUGGUGCUGGCCUGCUUUCUGGUCCGAGGACUGCUGCUGCGAGGAGCAGUCGAUGGCAUCCUACACAUGUUCACUCCCAAGCUGGACAAGAUGCUGGAUCCCCAGGUGUGGCGGGAGGCAGCCACACAGGUCUUCUUUGCCCUGGGGCUGGGCUUCGGUGGGGUCAUCGCCUUCUCCAGUUACAACAAGCAGGACAACAACUGCCACUUUGAUGCCGCUCUGGUGUCCUUCAUCAACUUCUUCACCUCAGUGUUGGCCACCCUCGUGGUGUUUGCUGUGCUGGGCUUCAAGGCCAACAUCAUGAAUGAGAAGUGUGUGGUCGAGAAUGCUGAGAAAAUCUUAGGGUACCUCAACUCCAACGUCCUGAGCCGGGACCUCAUCCCACCUCACGUCAACUUCUCCCACCUGACCACCAAGGACUAUGCGGAGAUGUACAACGUCAUCAUGACCGUGAAGGAGGACCGGUUCUCAGCCCUGGGCCUAGAUCCCUGCCUCCUGGAAGAUGAGUUGGACAAGUCCGUGCAGGGCACAGGCCUGGCCUUCAUUGCCUUCACGGAGGCCAUGACGCACUUCCCUGCCUCCCCAUUCUGGUCCGUCAUGUUCUUCCUGAUGCUUAUCAACCUGGGCCUGGGCAGCAUGAUUGGGACCAUGGCGGGCAUCACCACGCCCAUCAUUGACACAUUCAAGGUGCCUAAGGAGAUGUUUACAGUGGGCUGCUGUGUCUUUGCAUUCUUCGUGGGGCUGUUGUUCGUCCAGCGCUCCGGAAACUACUUUGUCACCAUGUUUGAUGACUACUCGGCCACCCUGCCACUCACCGUCAUCGUCAUCCUUGAGAACAUCGCUGUGGCUUGGAUCUAUGGAACCAAGAAGUUCAUGCAGGAGCUGACAGAGAUGCUGGGCUUCCGACCCUACCGCUUCUAUUUCUACAUGUGGAAGUUUGUGUCUCCACUGUGCAUGGCUGUGCUCACAACGGCCAGUAUCAUCCAGCUGGGGGUGACGCCCCCGGGCUACAGCGCCUGGAUCAAGGAGGAGGCUGCAGAACGCUACCUGUAUUUCCCUAACUGGGCCAUGGCACUUCUGAUCACCCUCAUCGUUGUGGCAACCCUGCCCAUCCCUGUGGUGUUCGUCCUGCGGCACUUCCACCUGCUCUCCGAUGGCUCCAACACCCUCUCUGUGUCCUACAAGAAGGGCCGCAUGAUGAAGGAUGUCUCCAACCUGGAGGAGAACGAUGAGACCCGCUUCAUCCUCAGCAAGGUGCCCAGCGAGGCACCCUCCCCCAUGCCCACCCACCGCUCCUACCUGGGGCCUGGCAGCACGUCACCCCUGGAGAGCAGCAGCAACCCCAAUGGACGCUAUGGAAGCGGCUACCUCCUGGCCAGCACCCCUGAAUCAGAGCUGUGACCACUGCCCCAACCCUGCCCACCUCUCCCACCACGCCCAACCUGCCCACUGGUCUGGGUCUGGCCUCUUCCUUCACAGUGGCCACCAGACCCAGGCCAGGCCCUCUGCCCAAGGAGAGAGGGUCACACCCUGCCUCAUUCCCAUCCCAAUCCUGGCAGACUCUGCUCCCUAGCCCUGAUCAGGGAGCUGGGAGCAGCACUGUCCCCCAAUCCAGGCCCCCAAUCCAUCUAACCCUUAGAACCUUUCACCAAAUUGCAGCCAUGUAACCAGAACAAUCAAGAUGUCCUGAUUCCCAGUUCAGAGAAGACUCCAAAUGGCUACUUUGGAGGUCAUUCCAUCCUCCUCUCUCCUUGCAACCUGCCACCUGACGUUCUGGGGUGUGGGAGAGGGUCCCCUUAUACUAUCAGGUGGUGGUGGGGAGAGGCCUCAGGGCCUGGGGGCAGAGUCUGCCAUAAGAAUAGGACUCACCCUCCUGCCCAACCCAGACUGUCUGCUGCUGGGCCAAGAGGCUGCCUCAUUAAAGGCUGGGUUGGAGGACAGGUGUGCCAGGAGUGUGCAGAAGCUCCCAAGGCCUGUUUUGUAAGGAAGGUGGUACCCCUAGCUUGAGCAAGAACGUUGGCACCAAAGGGGACUUGUUGGCCCCUGGCUCUAGUUAGAAACUUUGGAUGUCCUUGCCCCUGCCUAGGGCAGGUGGGCUAUGCUCCUGCAUUCUGCCUGGGUGGGCAAUGACAAGGUUCAGAACCUCCCCACCUCCAUUAGGGCUUAGCCAUCUCCCAGCCCCUUCCAUCCAACUCAAAACCCAGGGUGGUGGCCUCUGCCUUCUUUCUCCAAAGAGAAGGGGACAGUGCAAGGUAAGGUUUCCAGAGCACAGCUUGAUGGUUCUCAGCACAAUUUGAUGGUUUGGAGCACAAUUGUGAAGCACACACCCUCUCCCCUCACCUGGGGCCCAAUUUUCUCUCUAGUGGCAGCUUCUCCCCUGGAAUGGGCAUCCCUGUAGUUCAGGAGCUCACUCCCAGGAAGUCUUGUUCCUGGAGAAAGACAGAUAAUUUCACUGCCCUUUUUGGGCCACCACUCACUCUCCUUGUUGCACAAGCACAGCCACCAGUGUUGCACAUUGUAUGCAGACACCUUGGAAAUCUUGACCAAGCUUCCCUGGCCUGUGGUGGGCAGCGCUCUUGGCAAUGCCGUGGACAUUGGAGGCUGCCAAGGGCAAAGUGGAACCUCUGUCAUGCGGCCUAGUGCCUGCAAGAGGCUACAGCUGAUGGCAGCAACCCUACCCUUACCUUCAAGCCUCCCCUGCAAGAUGGGCUGCCUGUGAGGAUCAGAACCAGAUCCAGAAUAAAUGUCUGCAGAGAGAUGGAUGGAUAGGUGUACAGAGGGAUGGACAGAUGGAUGGAUGAGUGGAUGAAUGGAUGGAUCAGUAGAUGGAUAGAAGUCAGUCAGGCUUCAUGUCAGCACUCUGGGGGGCAGAGACGGAGCAGGCCACAGUCCUAGGCUUGGGCAUCUUCAUAGAGGGUGCCAAGUCCCUCUUGUGACCCUGAAUACUCUCAGCACUGGGAGGGACAGACUAAGCCCAGGUCCCUUCCUUUACCCCUGAGUCCUCUGCUGCCACGCUCUCCCAGCCUGCCAUUUCCCUUACUCAACCCUCCCCCACAUCUUCUGUCAUUUCUAGCCCUCUCAGCCCCACCUGUCCUUCCUGAGUGUUUGAGAGGAAAGGGAGACCCAUAUUUCCCCAAAGAGAGGCCCUCUCACCUGACAACACCUCCUACCUGGCUCCAUGCCUGAUCCCAAGCGGAAUUAGCAACAGGAAAAGCAAGGCCCCAGGAGAGACUCUGCGCUGUCUAUACUGUUCUAUAUGCUAUUUCUAUUGUACAUUCAAUCUGUACAUGUGGGUGUAAAUGCUGUGAAAUGACAAACCCAAUAUUAUACUGUGGCUGGUGGACUAUUUUCAUCCUCAGUGCUGUACAGAUCUAUUUUCAUUAUAUAUUUGAUAUAUUUUUAAUUUUGUAGCAUGGCUGGGCCAGGCCCCAGCCUGCGUGCCUGCAGGAGGAGGCUGCGCUGGGGCUGUCUGCUUGCUCAUUGUGGGCUCAGUAGUGUUCAUCGUAGAUUUGUGCUGUGGGCUGGGCCCUGGCCUGGCAGUGUCUUUGCUGUGUUAGAUGUCAGAUGUAGGGCCCAGAGCUUGGUUGUGUGUGUGUGUGUUAUGUGUGUGUGUGUGUGUGUGUGGUAUAUGUGCACAUGCGUGGGUGUGGGUGUUUGUAGGAUGCUGAUUUGUGACCCUUAGUGUUCACCAUGCUCCUGAAGACCAUGCUGCCCCCCUCUUCUUCCUCCUCUAAGCUCUGAGCGAGGCCUCAGGACAAGUGCCCCAGGAAGCUUCGGCUUGGGCUUUGAUGGUUGCCUUCACAUCUCUGGUGGGAGGGAGGGCCUUGGCAGGGGGAAAAAAAGUCCCCGAAUUUAUUUUCCUGUAAACCUCUUGCUGUUCUCACAGGAGUCUCAGCUCCUUGGCAGGGAAGGUCCUGGGUUUCUUGGGUUGGUGAGACCACCAGAGGGUCUCACUGCACCUCUGCCCUGCAUUUGUCUCUGAGAGGAUCCUGACUGCCCAAAAAGGGACAACGCCUGGCUGUGCUUCUGACGCCUCUGCUCACUCGGCAGGGGAGUCAGGGCAGGUGGAGUCACCAGAGGAGCUGGAUCCAGCUUCCCUGGAGGAGCAAAAGGUGGCCAGAGAGGGGCAGACCCCCAAGUCCCUGCCCAGGAUCCCCACCUGCUGGCUUUGGUGCUGUCCAUGCAGUGCCCACCAGGAGGCAGAGGGGCUCCAGGCUGUGAGUGGCUGAGCUGGGUAAUCAGGGCCAUGCUUGUGAGAGGACUGUGCCCAGCCCCAGUCACCUGCUUCUUGCUCAGGGAGCCUUCGCCCUCUCCACUGAGGUGAUGUGAGCCCAAGGCCCCAAUUGAGGUGGACAGGUGGGGCACACAAGGUAAUGCAGGUGAGGUAGGCGUCUGCCUUCCAGCAAUAACUCUGCAGGGACUGCUGCUUUCUUAGUGCCAGGAGAAGCCCACCCAAGUCAGCCUGUGUCAGCUAAGAGGCUGGGCCUGGGCCUGGGCCUGGGCCUGGGCCCCACGCAGGCCUGCAGUAUUGUCAGGCAGGUGGAUGCCCUUUUGCCCUUCCUCAUGGUUGCACGCCCCCCCCCCCCACCACCAGAGCACUCCCCACUGUGAAAAAGAGAAGUGAGAUUUAACUGUUCAUAAAGCACCUGACUUCCCCGAGUACCUCCAGGUCCUUCCACUAGCCCUGAAACAUGGGGGGGCUGCUGACCCUUCAUUGGGGCCCAGUGACCUAGGCUAGGGGAAAAAGGUCCAGGCUCCCUUCUCAUGGAAAGCCCUGCUUUGUACAGACCCAAGCACAUACACCAGGCAGUCACUUUGGGUCCUGGUGCAAGUUCGGAUCAGUUCAAGUCCAUGUGUCCCAUGGCUGGUCAGAGCCCUGGGCCAGGACCACUCAGCCAGGGUGGGGAAUGAGGCAUUGUCACCCCAGGGCCCCUCUUUCCUCUUCUCCCCAACCCUGGUGUACAAUAAAGUGUCUGUUCUUACCAAA